CGCCCGACGUCCCACUAUGCUUCACGUUCAAGAUGGCCGCCCGAACCGGCCACAGACGACAGGUGUCCAUUCACUACGACUUUCGGGCCAUCAACGAGCAGAAAGUCGAGGACAUCACCCUCGAAUUUUUCUACAAGCCGCAUACGAUAACCCUCUUGACUGCCUGUGUGCUCGGAUCGCUGUACAUCGCCUUUCUAAGAAAUGAAGAAGCCAACACAGAUGACAACAUCUGGGAUGGAUUGCUUUGCUUGAUUUUCUUCUUUAUAAUCAUCAGUGUGCUGGCAUUUCCCAAUGGUCCUUUCACCAGACCACAUCCUGCAUUAUGGAGAAUAGUAUUUGGCCUGAGUGUGCUGUACCUGCUGCUGCUGGUCUUCUUGCUGUUCCAAAAGCUGUCGGACAUGAAGAAGAUGAUGUACUGGUUAGACCCAGAACUCAGGAAAGUCGGACCAGACACAAAGGAGUAUGCUGUGAACUGUUCCCAGGUGACAUGGGAGCGCCUGUGGGGCCACUGUGACAUCUUCAUGUUUGCCCAUUUCUGGGGCUGGGCCAUGAAGGCCCUGAUCGUACGCAGUUUCGGACUCUGCUGGACAAUAAGUGUCACCUGGGAGGUUACUGAGCUGGCCUUCAUGCACCUGCUGCCUAACUUUGCGGAGUGCUGGUGGGACCAGCUGCUGCUGGAUGUGCUGCUGUGUAACGGCGGGGGCAUCUGGCUGGGCAUGUUCGUCUGCAGGCGCUUUGAGAUGCGCUGCUAUCGAUGGGAGAGCAUCAAGGACAUCAGAUCCACCAAGGGUAAAAUCAGACGUGCUGUCAUGCAGUUUACCCCUGCAAGUUGGAGCCAUACUCGCUGGCUGGAUCCUAAGUCAUCAAAGAUGCGUCUGAUGGCAGUCUACCUCCUACUGGUCAUAUGGCAGAUUUCGGAGCUGAACACGUUUUUCCUGAAGCACAUCCUGCACAUUCCCAACCACCACUACCUGACCUGGGGACGCAUCCUUCUCAUCGGCCUGGUGUCUGCGCCGACUAUCCGUCAGUAUUACGCCUACGCCACCGAUACCGCCUGCAAGCGCGUCGGCACGCAGUGUUGGGUCGUCGGGGCCAUCACGUUUAUAGAGGCUAUUAUCUGCCUGAAGUUUGGGAGGACUCUGUUUGCUCAAACACAGCUUCCCCUGGUCUUCUUGUGGCUGGUCUUUCAGAUGGCGAUGACUUUCCUGUGCCUGUAUGCGAUGGUGUACAUUGCUGGUCAAAGGGCCAAGGAAGAGACGGCAAAGCUGAAUGGUUCUCACACAAACGGGUGUGUGACCAGAAGUGAGGAUGAGCGAAUGGCGGGGUAUGACAGCGUGGACUCCGAUUUCGUGCCGGACAGUCCCGUCAAGCGAGUUAAUCCUGUCCGCAGUACGCGACUUCGGACCAGAACCGGGAAGUUAAAUGGGAUUUAAACGAUUAACCUCCUUCCUACCAAGCCGGCCUUUUGGCGUAAAAGUUGUAUUAGGUUUUAUGUUAGGCAGGAGGGAGAUGGUUAACUGACGUAUGAACGCGGUUUUACCGGUACUUAGCAACUCAGGGCUCGAAAUACUGGGUGCAUGUGCACCUUAGUGCACCCAAAUUUGGAGCUGUGCACUGAAUUUGU